CACCAUUUAAGAGAGGUGGCGUAAGAAAGCACGUGUAGAUGUUUAGGAGAUUGUCAGAUUUGAAAAGUUAAAAUGAAGAUUAACAUUGAUGGAUUGCUUGUCUACUUUCCUUAUGAUUAUAUUUAUCCUGAGCAAUAUACAUAUAUGCUAGAACUGAAAAGAUGUUUGGAUGCAAAGGGUCAUGGUGUUUUGGAGAUGCCAUCAGGAACUGGAAAAACCAUUUCAUUGUUAUCACUUAUUCUGGCUUAUCAAUUGGAACAUCGAUCUCAAGUAUCAAAAUUAAUAUAUUGUUCUAGGACAGUACCUGAAAUAGAAAAGGUUUUAGAAGAAUUAAAGAAAUUGAUAAUUUGCUACGAUAAAGAAACUGGACGAAAACUGGAAAUCAUUGGAUUAUGUCUUACAUCUAGAAAAAAUCUGUGUAUUCAUCCACAGGUAAAUAAAGAACGUGAUGGAAAGAUUGUUGAUGGCAAAUGUUAUUCUUUAACUUCUUCACAUAAAAGACUAAUGCAUAAACAUGAUCCAACAGUUGAAAUAUGUUCAUUUUAUGAACAAUUUGAUGCUCAUGGUAGAGAAUUACUAUUGCCUUCUGGUGUGUAUAAUAUUGAUGAUUUAAGAGAAUAUGGAAAGAAGAAAGGCUGGUGUCCGUAUUUUCUAGCUCGCUAUGCUAUCACAUAUGCAAAUAUAGUAGUCUAUAGUUACCAUUAUCUGCUUGAUCCAAAAAUAGCUGAUGUUGUUUCUAAAGAAAUGAGUAAAAACUCUGUGGUCAUAUUUGAUGAAGCUCAUAACAUUGAUAAUGUUUGUAUUGAAUCCAUGAGUGUAAAUAUUACAAAGAGAACUAUUGAAAAAUCUCAGAAUAAUAUUCAAGUUUUAGAAAAGACAAUUAAAAACCUGAAAGAGCACGAUGCAAAAAAACUUCAGGAGGAAUAUCAGAGAUUAGUUGAAGGACUGAGAGAUGCAAAUAUUGCUAGAGAAACUGAUAUUAUUUUAUCAAAUCCUGUUUUACCAGAUGAAGUUUUACAGGAUGCUGUCCCUGGCAACAUACGUACGGCAGAACAUUUUAUAGCCUUUUUGAAACGCUUUAUAGAAUAUAUAAAAAUACGUCUUCGUGUACAGCAUGUUGCUCAAGAAAGUCCAGCUAAAUUUUUAAAAGAUGUUCUUCAGAAAGUUUGUAUUGAGAGGAAACCAUUGAGGUAA